AUGGCUUCAAAAGAAGCAAUGGACGACUCUCAGGGUCCAGAGGACGUCAAGUCCCCGGCGAAACGACUCAUCGACAUUGAAAGCGUAAAACGCAAGAAGUUCAAGACCGACGACCUUCCCUUAUCCUCAACGCAGCAUGCAGUCAUCGAUAAACUCCUACAUUCGUUUAAAAAGAAGGGUGGCUUUGACAGCGUGCGCAAGCAAAUCUGGGCUGAUUUCAACGAUGGGAAACCCCGGACCGAUCUCACCAACCAACUGAUAGCGCUCGCCGAGUCGGAAAUUGAUCGAGAACCGGCACUGCUUUCUCGUGAGAGAGGAAAAGCGGCAACGCUCAUUGAGGGUGCCGUUGACCGUGGCGACGUUUACAAGAGUGUGGAGGAUGCCAUUGACCAACUCGCAUCCGAACACCUAGACUUCAUCUUCAAUUCAGUCCGUGACAUCCGACGCGAAGAGAUCGGGGCAGAAGCCGCUACCCGCGAAUUUGAGCUGGGGAGCAAGACAGAUGCAGACUACGAAGUCCAUGUCAAAGCCCAGCACGAGGAGCGGGAGAGGAUAUGGCGCGAGGAAGAGCGGAAGCAGAAAGAAUUGGACGAUGAAAAGCAGCGCAUCAAAGAUGAAGAGCGCCGGAAAAAGCGCGAAUUGGAACGCCAAAAGGAUGAAGAGGACCGGGCUAGAAGGAAAGAGAUUGACGAGCAGAGACGGGCUGAACGGGAACGCCUGCGCGAAGAGCAAAGAGCCCUGGACGAACAGCGCGAACGUGAACGCGAUGAAAGAUAUGAACGCCGAAGGCGCGAGGAUCGGGAUCGUUACCGGGGGUGGAGUCGUGACCGCAGUCGAACUCGAGACCGUUUCCGCGAUCGCUCGCCAGCCCAUCGUUCUGAUCGCGACCUGUCCCCUCGGCCCCGGGACUCAAGGACCGAGAAGUCCAAUGGUUCUAAGCCCACCCUGGCUGUACCUGUGGAUGAAAAGUCACUCGAGGAAGCUGCCUUGGAAAUGCUUCUCAAAGAAGGCGAGGAACGCAAAGCAAAGGCUCGUCAAAAGCCUGAGUUUGAUUUCGAGCAAGCCGAGGCCAUUGAAAACGGAUUAAAACCGCCGACCACAGGUUCAUCCAAGAAUCACACUGAUUCCAAGUAUUCUAAUCAUUCCACACGCGCGGCCAGCCCAUCCCGAGACUCCAGGCGUGGAUCAAUCGCAGAUCGCGGUGAUCGAUCACGACAUCUAACACGAGAUCGAAGCCGCAGCCGCUCACGACGACGACGCGCAUCCCGCUACGACCCAGAUCGUCGUCGAGAUCGUUCUCGGGACUCUGUGAGAUCCCGAGAUCGCGACAUGGAUGCCCGCCGUGGCUAUCGCGAUUUCCGCGAUGAUAGAGCUGGCGAUAGAAGCUAUAGACCAGCGCGUCGCAGCCGCAGUCGAUCCGCAGAUCGAAAUCGAGACCGAGCGCGUGAUCGAGACCGCAGUACUGGUUGGGACAGGUUACGAGAUCGAUCGCGGUCAAAGGACCGAGACCAUGAGCGUCGCCUUGAUCGUAGUCGAGAUCGAGCGAGAGAGCAUGACAAUUACCGCCCUCAGCGCGCUCGGCCAUCCCGCUCACCAGUGCGCCGAACAUCACGUUCCCGUCGUUCAAGAAGCCGCUCACGCUCUGCUCGGGGGCGUGAUCGCGACCGUGACCGUCCUCGUUCUCGUUCUCGACGUCGCUCGCCUUCGCCUACUUUGGAUAUCGACCGUUACGUCCCAUCAACCAGCAACAGAAGCAAAUCACCCCGGCGACGUGUACGAUCCCCAGAGCGGGAUCGAGAUCAACGAGGAAGGGGAGCUGAUAUUGACCGGUACAAGCCUUCGUCUGAACAAUCCGAACGAGAUAAGGACAAAGAACCGGGUCAGAUCACAGAAGAAACUCCCGAUACCAGCACCGGAAAAGAGAAGGAGAAAGAAAAGCCCAAAGAAAUCGAUGAGCACCGACCUCGUCGAUCAAGUCUGACUCGACGGAGAAGCCCUAGUCGUCGUAGGAGCCGCAGUCGCCGCAGAAGCCCCAGUCGACGCAGAAGCCCCAGUCGACGCAGAAGCCCCAGUCGACGCAGAAGUCCUAGCCGACGCAGGAGUCCUAGUCGGCGCAGAAGCCGCAGUCGAAGGAGAAGUCGCAGUCGACGAAGGAGUCCAAGUCGUCGUCGAAGUCGCAGUCGCAGGAGGAACCGGAGCUAA